AUGGCCACCACAACAAGCCACAACCCAGCCGCCCGGCCGCCCGUCGCAUCGGUCCUCCCGCCUCUAUUCUUGGGCACAGCCACAUUCAACACCCAGCAUGUGAAGGACCCUCUGCAGAUGCCUUACCGGCAAAUCGUCUCGAGGGCACUUGAGCUCGGUGUCAACGGCUUUGACACAUCGCCGUACUACGGCCCUUCAGAAGUCCUGCUUGGUGACGCGCUGGCCGCUCACACCGCAGCAACCAACAUCUCCAGAGAGUCUUAUGUCCUGGUGACAAAAGCUGGCCGCAUCGCCGGCAAUGAGUUUGACUACUCGCCGGCAUACGUGCGCUACUCCGUCCUCCGCUCUCUCAAACGCCUAAACACCACAUACCUCGACCUCGUGUACAUGCACGACGUCGAGUUUGUCUCCCCUCAGAAGUCCUCGCCGCUGUCCAGACAUUACGGCAAUUGCGAGAUGAGGGCAAAAUCCAAUACCCUUGCUGAGAUGAUCCUUGCCGAGACCGGCGAGCCGCUCGAUGCCAUUCUGAGUUACGGGCACUUCACCAUUCAGAACCCUAUCCUUGGCCUGCCCGAGGUUGUGGCUGGACCUGAUCACAAUGACGACCAGAGUCCUUUGCGGAGGUUCCGGAACGCUGGUGUGCAGGUUGUCCUGAACGCCAGCAUGCUGGGUAUGGGUCUUCUCACGUCGACUGGCAUCCCUUCGAGCUCGGAGGGUGCAGAUGGCAAGGCUGGUGUCAUUGCAUCAUGGCACCCGUCGCCGGACGAACUGCGCUCAGCCUGCAGGCAGCUUUCGACAAUUGCAAGCGAAGCUGGCGAGCAAUUAGAGACCGUCGCCCUUCAUUGGUCAAUGGAAGAGUACGCCCGUGUCGGCGCGUUGGCUGGCCUUGGCGUCCAGCUGCCCGGCCAGAGUGGCUUACGGGUCGGUGGCAGUGUCAUGGGCGUGACAAACACAGCCGAGCUGGAGCAGACCGUAUUGGCCUGGAACCAUGUGCUCCAGGGGCUUGCGGCGGGCAGUGAGGCUGAAGUGGUAGCCAUGACUGAUGCUGGCCAAGCCUCCGCGACCGCGAGGUACGAGAAGCUGAAGGCAUUGGUGGAGCAGGAGAUGUGGCCGGCGUUGGGUGUGUGGAAGGGCUACAGCUGGGCGAGUCCAGAAGCAGGAUUCCAGAAUGAAAGGAGCCCGGAUGAGAUGGGUUUGGUGCCCGAAGAUGACGAACUCAUGAAAAUUGUCACCAGAAUACCUAGCAACUUGUAA